AUGGUCAAACAAGACGAUUUUGCUGUUGAACAGUUCAUGGACAAAUAUGAAACCAACAUUAAAAAUAAUAUGGGGGAAACAUGCUCGGAAUCCAUUAGUAUUAACCAAUUAUUAGAUUUGAUUUCGAAAGACGAAAGUGACAAGCACAGACUUCAAUCGCAAUUCCAUGAUGCUCUAUUUAAUACAAAAUUAACAUAUGGUCACAUAAAGGGGUCGCCUCGUUUAAAAAAUGCAAUUAGCAAGAUAUAUAAUCAAGAUUAUGCAGAAGUACCAAUUACUGGUGAAAAUAUUGUCAUUACAAAUGGUGCAAUUGGUGGCAAUUUUUUAACAUUCUAUUCGAUAGUCAAUCCUAAUGAUAAAAUUGUGGUUGUGAGUCCAACGUAUCAACAAUUAUCCAGUGUUCCAGGCGUGUUUUCUCAAAGUAAGGAUAAUGUAAUCCCAUUCGAAUUGAAGUUUGAAGAUAGCUAUCAGCCUGAUCUUGAUUUAUUAACUAAAUUAAUUGAUACCAAUUCACCGAAAUUGGUAGUUAUAAAUAAUCCAAAUAAUCCCACCGGAGUAGUUUGGAAAUAUAAGACUGUAGAACAGAUCGUUGAGAUAUGUAAAUCUCGUGAUAUUUGGUUGAUGUGUGACGAGGUGUAUCGCCCAUUGUAUCAUUCAAUAGAUGAUAGAGAUAAGCCAAAAUCCAUUGUAAAUUACGGGUAUGAAAAGACAAUUUCAACAGGAUCUAGUUCUAAGGCAUUCUCACUAGCUGGAUUACGAUUGGGUUGGAUCGUAACUCGAAAUGCAGAAUUGCUUUACGAUUUAUUUUCUAAACGUGAUUAUAACACAAUUAGUGUAUCAUUAGUGGAUGAUUUAGUAGCCACUUUAGCACUUGAGAACUAUGAAGUAAUCUUAAAGAGGAAUUACGACCUUUGUAUUAAAAAUUUAAAAGUAUUAGAGGAAUUUAUUACCAGAUCCAAUGGAUUGUUUUCUUGGAUAAAACCUAAUGGAGGUACUACAUGUUUUAUUAAAAUUAAUAUUCCAAAUUUGGACACUUUCCAACUUUGUAGUGAAUUGGCUGAAACUCACGCAACUUUAUGUGUUCCGGGAGAAGUUUUUGACGGCAAUAAAGGUUUUAUCCGUAUUGGGUUUGGGAAUUCGGGAGAUGACAUUGUCAAUGGAUUAUCCGAAUUGACUAAUUGGGCCAAAUCCAAUGGUUAUUAA